UGUAGGGAAGUCACAGUUGCUUACAUUUAACAUUUCAACACCUCCAAAGUGAGGAAAAGAAGAACCUUAUUUCACUGGACUCUUUUCACAGAAAUCUUGUUGAAUUGCUACUUUUUCUUUACCUUUUUUGUUCUAAUAUACACACAUACCCAUCUGAGUUGUACUUCACCAGCAAACUGCCAAGAUGUCUAAGGUAGCCAAAUACAGAAGGCAAGUCAGUGAAGAUCCAGACAUUGACAACUUAUUGUCAACUCUCUCUCCGGAGGAGAUGGAAGAGCUAGAAAAGGAGCUGGAUGCAUCUGAUACAGAUGGAAGCCUUCCUGUGGGGCUCGGGCAGAAAGACCAAACUGACAAGCAAAUGAGUGGGAAGUACAACAGAGAAAAGGAGCCCAAGAAGUCUUCUCAGAAGGAAAAGGCAGAAGAUGAAGAGAAGCCAGUGGAGAAGAAGAAAGAAGGAAAGAUUCUUGAAGAAAAACAUAAGGAUAUUCAUGGCAAAGACCUGAGAAGAAACAGAUCUUCUGACCUAGCAAAAGAAUGUAAAAAAGAAGAAAAUGCCCAGAAGGCAAAUCAAAAAGCAAAGGAUGAGCCAGACAGUACUAAGAGAACUGGACAGGCCAAAGAAGAGAAGUCCUCCAAGGAGGAAAAGAAGGUCUCAAAGGAGAAAAACAAAACAGAGGACAAAAGUACAACUGCCAAAGUGAGAGGGGAAGAAAAGAAUACAAUGCCAAAAAAUAAGUUAGCUGAAGACAAAGGAAAAGAGGAGAAGGCAACUAAUUUAAAGAGAGGCACUGAGAAGACAGAAGACAAAAAAGGAACAGGAAGAACAGGAGAUAAAAGUUCAAUUUUGAAGCAGGGUUCAAAGACAGGAAGUGAAGAGAAAUCACCCAGAGACAGCAAAGGAGCCUCAGAGGGGAAAAGCUCUAAACCAAGCGAGGAGAAAUUGCCAAGAGACAGCAAAGUCACCUCAGAUGGGAAGAGCUCUAAAGAAGACCAAGAGACUAUAAAGGAGGUGACUCGUGAUGGCAGCCCCCCUAAAUCUGAGGAGACUUCUUCCAACCAGAACAAGGAAGAUGAAGCUACCAGUAUCUUUGAUGAGCCACUGGAAAAAGUGAAGAAUAAUGAUCCAGAGAUGGUAGAGAUUAACGUCAAUAACGCUGACUGUAUCAACAAUGAAAUCCUGGUGCGCUUUGCCGAAGCCUUAGAAUUCAACACUGUGGUCAAGGUCUUUGCACUGGCCAACACCCAUGCUGAUGAUCAUGUUGCCUUUGCCAUAGCCAUAAUGCUGAAGUCAAACAAGACUCUGACCAGCAUAAACCUAGACUCUAAUCACAUAACAGGCAAAGGGAUCCUUGCUAUCUUCCGCGCACUGCUACAGAACAAUACCCUGACAGAGCUGCGCUUUCACAACCAGAGGCACAUUUGUGGAGGGAAAACUGAGAUGGAGAUAGCCAAGCUGCUGAAAGAAAACACUACCCUGCUGAAGCUGGGUUACCACUUUGAGCUAGCAGGACCCCGCAUGACAGUCACCAACCUCCUGAGCAGGAACAUGGACAAGCAGCGACAGAAACGUCUGCAGGAGCAGAAGCAGGCUCAGGGAAAGGGGGAGAAGAAGGAUUUCCUGGAGGUGCCAAAGGCUGGAGGCCUGCCAGCUAGCUCACCUAAGGCUUCUCCAAAGCCGUCCCCUAAAACGUCCCCCUGGUCCUCUCCCAAACCUUCUCCUAAGAAAGCAGGAGCCCCGGAUGCCCCUCCCCCACCUCCACCCCCUCUGGCCCCUCCCCUGGCCCCUCCCCUGAUCGAAAACAUAAGGAAUUCUCUUUCCCCGGCAACUCAGAGGAAGAUGGUAGAAAAGGCUCUUCCACCACAAGAGAAGAACUCCCGGGAUCAGCUUCUGGCUGCCAUUCGCUCCAGCAACCUCAAGCAGCUGAAGAAGGUGGAGGUUCCCAAAUUGCUGCAAUAGGGGAUGGAAUCUAGACUUCCUGGAAGGAUGAGAUUUCCAAGGCUGAAUCACCAUGUUUGUCUCUCAGGUGACUGUUUACAUGAAAAAGACUCAGCAGGAAAAAGCAGCCAUGGGUCCUGCACCAGCCCCAGAAGACCAGCCUUCUCUAUGGGAUUAAAUUGGAGGGGUGGACUGGACGGGCUGCCGAGCAGGCCUGGGUGUCAGGAAGAAGGGAUAUUUAUUCUCUGAACUUCUAAAAUCAGAAACUUUUGCUCCAAAAAGGGGGUUUGUAGAAGGUCAUAUACCUGGUCUGUUUGUCCAGUUUUUCUUCAGGAGAAUUCAGAAAGUAAAGUGGCAGAUAUGGUAAGUCUUGAGAGAAUCUGUACUCAGAACAUCCCUGCUUGUCCUUCCAGUUACCAGGCAACAACACUGCAAUCAUCUGCCACUAGGAAUACAAGAACAAAACCACACUGGAGCAGCCUCACUAGGAGAAAGCAACUGGGCCCAACUUCUGCACAAGAUGACUCCAAAAGAAGUAGUACCAGAAGUAGCUACUAGAACCACCUGGCAACUCUGUUGUCAUUCUUUCUGGAAUCUAAACAUGUAAGGAGGAUGAGGGAGAAAUCACUGGGCCAAAUCCAAUUGUCUAUUAUUUCUGUGAUCUCUAGGAUUCUGUUCCUCUGAUAGUGCAAAAGACAGAUGUAUGUAGAACACGAUUUCUCUAGCCUCCACAGGAGGUGUAAAGAACUCUGUAUGUGUUUGUCUAUAAAGUGUGUUAAGGGCUUCUUGUGGUAUCAGGACCCUAGCAGUAAGCACAGGAGUGGGCAG